AAUGGCGACCUCACAUAGCCCCAUACGCCUGUCUCGAAGCCGGAGAAUGAAGAGAUAGCCUAUCAACGAAGCAGCAAUAUGGCACCUGGAUCGAUCAUGCCGCCGGGACGCUCUGUGGCCUCCGUCCUCCUCCAUGGCCUCCUCUGCCUGCAGCUGGUUGCCUUGGCCGAGAUCGAGAUGGAGGGCGGCAGCUGCAUGCAUUUCAGUGUCUCCCCGCCGGCUGCUCCGCCCGAGGACGCCGAUGAGCGUCGCAACUAUUUCCGCGCCAUGGAGGCCAAGGACCUGUUCCGGCACCAGCAGAUGAUCAAGAUGAUGGGGAACGGCAGUGGCACUGGCAGCGGCAGCAGCAGGAGGCGGCAGGCCAAGGAGUCGUCCAAGCUGCCGGAGGUGAUGUCCGCCACGUCCAUGUUCGAGCUACCCAUGCGGAGCGCGCUCAACAUCGCGCACGUGGGCAUGUACCUGGUGUCGGUGCGCUUCGGCACGCCGGCGCUGCCGUACAACCUGGUGCUGGACACCGCCAACGACCUGACGUGGAUCAACUGCCGGCUGCGGCGCCGCAAGGGCAAGCACUACGGGCGGACCAUGUCGGUGGGCGCCGGGGACGAUGGCGCGGCGGCCAAGGAGGCGAGGAGGAAGAACUGGUACCGGCCGGCCAAGUCGUCGUCGUGGCGCAGGAUCCGGUGCUCGCAGAAGGAGUGCGCGCUGCUGCCCUACAACACGUGCCAGAGCCCCAGCAAGGCGGAGUCGUGCAGCUACUACCAGCAGAUGCAGGACGGCACGUUGACGAUGGGCAUCUACGGCAAGGAGAAGGCGACGGUGACGGUGUCGGACGGGCGGAUGGCCAAGCUCCCUGGCCUCAUCCUGGGCUGCUCCGUCCUGGAGGCCGGCGGCAGCGUGGACGCCCACGACGGCGUGCUCUCGCUGGGGAACGGCGAGAUGUCCUUCGCCGUCCACGCCGCCAAGCGCUUCGGCCAGCGCUUCUCCUUCUGCCUCCUCAGCGCCAAUAGCUCCCGCGACGCCUCGAGCUACCUCACCUUCGGUCCCAACCCGGCGGUGAUGGGGCCGGGCACCAUGGAGACGGACAUCGUGUACAACGUGGACGUGAAGCCGGCGUACGGGCCCUUGGUGACGGGCAUCUUCGUGGGCGGGGAGCGCCUGGACAUCCCGCAGGAGAUCUGGGAUGCCGAGAAGGUGGUCGGCGGCGGCGUCAUCCUGGACACGAGCACGUCGGUGACGUCGCUGGUGCCGGAGGCGUACGCGGCGGUGACGAGCGCAUUGGACAGGCACCUGUCCCACCUGCCGCGGGUGUACGAGCUGGACGGCUUCGAGUACUGCUACAGGUGGACCUUCGCCGGCGACGGCGUGGACCUGGCGCACAACGUGACGGUGCCCAGGUUGACGGUGGAGAUGGCCGGUGGCGCGAGGCUAGAGCCGGAAGCCAAGAGCGUGGUGAUGCCGGAGGUAGUGCCCGGGGUGGCGUGCCUGGCCUUUAGGAAGCUGCCGCGGGGAGGGCCCGGGAUCUUGGGCAACGUGCUCAUGCAGGAGUACAUCUGGGAGAUCGACCACGGAAAGGGGAAGAUGAGGUUCAGGAAGGACAAGUGCAACACCCAUCAUCUCCACAACAGCAAAGGCGGAGAGGUCUAUAAUAAUAAUAAUGGCAAUUCCUCCUCUACUGUCGUGCAUCGCGUCAAUUAAUUCGUUCUCUCUUCUCUAUCUCUACAAAAUUAAAGGACCAGACCAUGCAUGCACUUCGCUGUAUGUAACAAAAGAAGCAGGUAGCUCAGCUGCCUUGCCUGUGUUAUGUUUAUUUCACUUCUUCAUUUGCUGAUUAUCUUGGAGUAUAUACCCACUCUGUAAGAGGAUUACAUUCAUAAUGAGAGAGAAGCGGGGGUUACAUGUUUAA